UUAAGGUGGGCACUCGCAGCUACACAGUCUUGCAGUUGCUAGCAACGGGUGCGCCCGCGACUUAAUUUACCGAUUAUUGCUAUCAUUUAUUUUGUUAUGACUACUUAAAUUAUUAUUAAAAAAAUGUUAUUCGGCAUUAUUUCAUUAUUUGUCAUCAUAGUCAGCGCUGAAAGUUGGCGCUGGCCUGACAUGGCCGCUGAAGAUAGCGUGCGCAUUGAUUCUAAAGUAGCCUUUAUCGAUUCUAAAUCUGAUAUCACUAAAAGAGGUGACCGUGGAAACACGCAAGCAGAUGAGAUUCCUUUCGAAAGACCCAAAGAUACUGAAGGCUUUUAUAACAGACCGCCUGACUCCGGACGAUAUCCCGUACGAGUUGAGGGAGGAAACAGAAACCAAAGAUAUGAAUCAGAUGGUACAUUAGAUUCAUUACAGUUUUGUAAAUGUGUGACGAUGCCGGAUUGUCAAGUACAGACCGACACUGCAAAUGCUUGCGGACCGAACAAAUAUCUUUGCUGUUAUAAUCGUCUAAAUCCAUAUCAGUCAGAUUACUUUAAUGAAGUUAAUGGAGAUCGCCCAAUGCUUCUUCCUAACCGAGAACAGUUAUCAGGCUCAUUUUCACCUCGGCCUUAUGCGGACAAUAAUAUUUUAUUUAAUUCAAGAUUUGAACAGCAAAACAGUUUUCAGUCACCUUUCAAUGGCGCUCCAAAACCACAAAUUCUUGUAGGGCCAAAUGGACCCACAGGAAUUAUUGGACCCCAAAGGCCAAAAGUGACAAAUGAACCCUCCGGAAACAUUGGACUCGAUAAACCUGUUCUUGUGGGACCUAGUGGACCAACUGGUAUAAUAGGACCAUCGAAUGAUAAGACAGGAACAAAUGUUCUAAUUAGCCCAAACGGUCCCAAUAGAGAGUUAGGUCAAAGCGCAUCUGCUCAAAGAGGAGUAUUAGUUGGCCCUGGGGGUCCUACUGGAGUUAUUGGACCAAUCUACAGGCAACCAAUUCUCAUUGGCCCCGGCGGUCCUACAGGUAUAAUAGGACCAAGACGCCAAGGUAUAUUAGUUGGACCCGGAGGCCCAACCGGUAUUAUAGGACCUUCCAGAUACCAAUAUUCACAAGGUUCUGGGCUAUUAGUUGGUCCUGGUGGGCCAACUGGUAUUAUUGGUCCUGGAAGACAAAUACUCGUAGGUCCGGGUGGCCCUACCGGUCAAAUAGGACCAAGAAACUUCGGUAAAUAAGUGUUAUGUUGUGAUAAAUACUAACUUAAUUUCAAACUUUUGAUGAUUAAAUGUGGGCAACACUCUUGUUUACGACUUACUGAGUGCUAGUAGUGAUUAGUUUAAGUAAAUAUUGCGGAAAAUGUAACCGUAAUAACGAAAUAACGAAAAUCUGUAGUUUUGCAGUUUUUAUGUAGUUGUAUAUAAUAAUAGUUUUUCAUUUUUGUAUAGUUGUAUAUAUAGUGUAAGUGUUUACAUAUGUAUAUUUAUAUUAUACGUAAGCUUUCUUCAUGUAUGGAAAAAUAAAUGAAAAUUGUUUGUAAA